AUGCCGACUACAUCGAUCUCCGCUUCUACAGUUUCGACGUCAACUGUGUCGCUCUUUGCACCUGGCGUCGACCAGAUGAUCAAUAGCCUCGAGCGUUCCAUGACCAAGCUCGACGGCGAUGUUUCCAUCCGCUUCAAGCCCACUCCACUCGCCACCACCACAGCACCUGAUGGGGCUGCCGCGACUGUAUGGAAUGUCCGCGCACACGAAUACGCAUCGAUCAACGGCUACACAACCAGCAUCAUCGAAGAUCAAAAGUUUCUCGAAUCGCACAACUACUUUUCCGCCCAAGAUCAAUCAGGUGCUCACCUCGAGUGCCACUUCGACCACAUCAACGCUCCUGCUACCUGUGUCAACCGCCAGCCAAAGCAUCAUCGCACUUUCACUAGCACAUUUAAACAUGCACGCCCGUUUGCUACCGCUUUCCACAAACAUGUAGUCAAACCUCAGAGCAGCUCGACGACAUCGUCAUCAACAUCCGUAUCAGCGGCAAUCAAACAAUCCACAGCAUCAGAGGCCGCAGCUGUGGCACAGACCAUAGCGCCAGUCGUACAGGUGCAGAGCGAUGAUAGCACCGCCGCGACGGGGAGCUCGGCCGGAUCCAGCACGAGGAUGAACUCUACUUCGGGCGCAUCAACAAAGGUCAAGACGCUGCCGGUGCUGCUUGGUGUCACUGGUGUGCUCCUGGCUGCUGUGCUCGUAUUUCAGCCAUGA